AUGGCGGUGGCAGACCCGUCGCAUCAUAAACCAAACCUCCGUUGGGAUGCUCUUACACCUACCAUCAUUACAACCACACUGGCGACGGCUGUAGUGAUAUUGAGGCUCAUUGUACGAUGCAAGUUUGUCAAGACUGUAGGCUUUGAUGAUUUUGUCAUCAUGGUGUCGCUUGUGAGUAUCUUUGGGAAGGUGGGAGCUGUGCAUGAAGCUGCCUCAACUCGUCUUNUCCUUUCUUGGGUUGUUCUUGGUCUUACCGUGGCCAUGGUCAUGACAGGAUUCGGCAGCUACGCCUGGUCCAACCCAUUGGACCUCCACUCCACGACAGCCAAACUCUUCCUCAGCUGGAACGUCCUCUACGUCGCCCUGAUCCAUGUCACCAAAGCUUCGAUCCUUACUCAGUACUUGCGCAUCUUUCCCACUCGCACUAUGCGACAGCUGACAUGGCUCCUCUUCGCUGCCCUUGUGCCCUCUAUGCUCUGGGGUGUUUUUGCCUCCGUCUUUAUCUGUGAUCCGGUCAGAAAGGUGUGGCGACCGAUGGUACCUGGCCACUGCCUGGGGACGAGAACGUAUUGGUUGAGCGUCACGGCUGUCAAUAUCGUGCUCGACUUUGCAGUGCUGGCAUUACCGAUGCCGGUCAUUUCACGCUUGAAGUUGCCGAAGAGGCAGAAGAUCGCGUUGGUGGGCGUCUUCCUCUUGGGCUUCNUUGUAAGAUCCAUACUCUUUUUGUGCAGCGAUCGAUUAGCUAACGUCAAGCACAGUACGUGUGCGGUAUCGAUUGUCAGGCUCGUGUUGGUGCACAAUGCGUACGCUCGACACGACUUUACGGCAUCUUCGGCAAAAGCAGUGACAUGGUCGAUGGUCGAAGCUAACGUCGGCAUAAUAUGCGCCUCUCUACUCGCCUUGAAACCACUCAUCGUCUACUUGUUCCCACAAGCCACCAAAGAACGGCAACCGCCCCGAUGGAGCUUGACACUCAACACGGUACCCACAGCUGGAGCGACCGAGCCCGACGUAGAAAUGGGACAAGUCGAGCAGGAAGAGCCAGUUGCACCAAAGUCCAUGUCGAGUACAGACAGGCUGGAAAAGAUAACGGAAGAGCUUGAAGACUCUGACGAGUUGACACUUGUGGGUACGCGACAGAGCUGCGCGAAUGCAGAUAUGAGAAGAGAAAGGAGCGGGAGCUGGAGCGCGCAAACUGUACUUAACAUGGAAGGGAUUAUAGCCAGACCUACGGCGGCAGCUACGAGCCCAUUGACGGCACACAUGCGCGAGGAGGAGUUGGACGAGCAGAGGGCGGCGCUGGAUAUGAGGCGGGGGUCGAAGCCUGGGAGAGGUAUUGAUGGAUAG